UUUACAAAUUACUUUUUAUUUGCAAAUAUGCCGUUCACAUGUUCUCUGCUUGCUGAGAAGUGAGAAUUGAGAACUGAGAAGACAGUCUCCAAGAUAUGCAUUGCACAGCGCGUAUUCGUCGCAGGAAACGGCGGCAUAUGCAAGCGAGAGCAGAGCAGAUCUAAACCCAAAACAACGCAAAGCCCUCUCUCCUCCUCCUCCCCCGCGACACGACACUGUCGACACACCAUGCGCCAGCCACAGCUCCGCGCCGCCACCUCGCGCCCGCUCUCAUGGCGCUCCAACUGCACGGCUGCUGCGGCGUCCGCCUCCCAGCCGAGCGAGCCGCUCUCCGCCCACUUCACCAACGGCCGGCCCCUCUCGCGCGCCCCGGCCGUGGUGAGGGACCUCUCCUCGGUGCUCCGCGCGAUCCUCGCCGCCUCCCCGUCCUCCCACAGCCGCGCGUACCCGCUCCUCAAGUCCGCCGCCUUCGACGCCCGCCUCGCGCCGGACGCGCUCGUCGACGCCGUCCUCUCCGCCGUGGGCGGCCCGGGGUCACGGCAGGCCACCGCGCUCCUCAGCCGCCUCCUCGCCUCCCUGUGCCGCGCCGGCCGCGCUGGCGCGGCCGCCGCCGCCUACGCCAGCAUGGAGGCGCGCGGGGUCACCCCGGACGCCAAGUCCCGCACCGACCUCCUCGCCGUCACGGCGCGGAGCGCGUCGGCCGCGGACGCCCUCGCGCUGCUCGCCGAGAUGCGGGGGAAGGGGCGCCCCUUGGACGCGUGGAUGUUCGACGUGGUGAUGCGCGCUUGCUUCAAGGAAGGGAUGUACGACGACGCGGUCAGGCUGUUCGACGAAAUGCCUGCCUCUGAGAUCGAGCCCGACCAGCGCGUGUGCUCUGUCGCUAUCGCGUCCCUAUGCAAGCUGCGUGACGCCAACCGUGCUCUGCUGGUGCUGAGGAAGAUGCAGGAUGCGGGGUUCGUGCCGUGGGACUUCACGUUCAACUCCGUGGUGGAUGUGCUCGUGAAGGGAGGGAGGAUGGAGGAGGCGCUGCACAUAAAGGAUGAGUUGCUUGCUACGGGGAAGAAAAUGAGUGUGGUUCUCGCAACAACGUUGAUGCACGGCUAUUGCUUGCAACGGGAGGUUAGGAAAGCGCUGGAUAUAUUCGAGGAGACACUAAGGGACGGUCUGGUACCAACCGAUGUAACAUAUACGGUGCUGAUCAGAGGUUGUACUGAAGAGGGGAUGCCAGAGAAGGCCUAUGAGCUGUGCCGCCAGAUGAGAGAUCAUGGAUUGUUGCCGAGCACAAAUGAGUUCAAUAUGGUUAUCAAGGGCCUUUUGAAUGAUAAAUUGUGGAAGGAUGCUGUAAGCUUGUUCAAGGAGAUGGCUGAUUCUGGGAUACCAGAUGCCUUCACAUACAAUAUACUAAUUCACUGGCUCUGUCAGCGUCGCAAAAUUCGCGAAGCGCUUAACUUGUGGGAAAAGAUGAAUGAAACAGGAGUGAAACCAUAUAUCGUGACAUACCACAGCUUGUUGUUGUGUUAUUGUGUGAAUGGGUGCAUGGAUGAAGCAGUCAAGCUGUACACUGAGAUGCCUGGAAAAGGGUUCACACCUAAUGUUGUCACUUACACAACGCUGAUGAAAGGGCACAUAAAUAAGGCUGCUUUUGACAAGGCUUAUGCCCUCCUUGCUGAAAUGAAACAGAAUGGAGUCUCUUGCAAUGAUUAUACAUACAACACUCUCAUAAAUGGCCUUUGUGUGGUUGGCCGAGUUUGUGAAGUUGGUGAAAUGCUGAAGAGAUUUGAAACUGAAGGUUUUGUUCCAACUGCAAUGACAUACAAUAGUAUCAUCAAUGGAUUUAUAAAAGCUGGCAUGAUGGGCUCAGCAUUUGCUGUGUAUCAGCAGAUGUGUGCAAAAGGCAUACCUCCCAACAUAGUAACAUAUACCAGUUUCAUUGAUGGAUACUGUAAGACUAGUUGCUGUGACCUGGCACUGAAGAUGCUAAAUGAUGUCAGGUGCAAAGGCCUUCGACCUGAUAUCGCUGCAUAUAAUUCCUUAAUAUUUGGGUUUUGCCAAGAGGGGAAUAUGUCUCAUGCACUGCAAGUUCUUGUCCUUAUGCUGAAAGAUGGUCUUUUACCAAAUAUUUCAGUCUACAACAGUUUCAUUACAGGGUACAAGAAUUUGAAAAUGAUGGAAGAAGCUUUGAGAUUGUACGAGAAAAUGAUUAAAGAAGGAAUUGAUCUUGAUACAGCAACCUACACUACCUUAAUUGAUGGGUUCUCAAAAGAUGGCAAUGUAACCUUUGCAUUGAAACUAUACUCAGAGAUGGUGGCUAAGGGUAAUAUUCCUGAUCAUAUUACUUUCACAGCAUUAACACAUGGUCUUUGCCGCAACGGAGAUAUCGAUGAUGCUAGAAAAUUAUUGGAUGAAAUGAAUAGGUUAGAUAUACGCCCUAAUGUUUUGAUGUACAACAUGUUGAUAAACGGAUACCUCCGUAAUGGAAAGCUGCAAGAAGCGUUCCGGUUGCAUGAUGAAAUGCUUGAAAGGAAAAUUAUGCCAGAUGAUACAACAUAUGACAUACUAGUUGGCAUGAAAUCUUUGGGAAGUGACAGUCCCAUUGACGCGGAGAAUCCUAAUUUAAGUUCCACAGGAUAAGGAUCAAGAGCUGGCUUGAGAAGAUUAAACUUUCCAUUGUAUGGCCAGUGUCAGAUUAUGAGUUUUGCUAUAUAUAAAGUGAAAUCUUAGCUAUGGCAAAUAGAAGCAAAGAAUGGAUUUAUCUGUGCAGUCUGCAUAACUCAGGCUGUUGUAUCGGCACUGUCAACCUUGAGGGGAGGGCAAGCGUUGAUUGAGCUGAGGAUGGUGAGGGGCGUGUUGCUGUGGUGCGCGAGUCUGUUGAUCAUGUUGUAGAACAUCACCCUUGCCUGCAGUGUGCUCCCUCACCAAAUCCAGAAAUUCAUCAUAAAAGAGGAUGGAGAUGGAGACAGAUGGAGCAGCUCAUGUCUUGAUUCACCUGAUGCUCACUACACUCACAUUACCUCCUCUACUGGUUGUUCGGAGAGGCAAGGGGCGGCUGCCAAGAGAAGUAACUAGUAGAGGAUGAUCAAUGAACAUCUAAGAUGCUCAAUGAACGCUAAUCAAAGGAGGAUAUGUUUGACAAUGGGACAAAGUCUUAAAACGCUGUACUGGCUAAAGAAGAACAAAUAUAUGGAAUAUUGGAAUCAUCUGCCAGGCUUCUCUGGGAGCACAUCUCCAUUCUUGACAGCUUUUCACUCGUGUCCAAAUCAUAACGAUUUUACCAAAUAUAAGGAUUCUAGAAAGCUUCAAAGGUUAUGGUUUGUCGUUGCAAUUGCCAAUGUCUAUACUAUCGUUCACCUGCCUACUGUUGCCUACAAAUCAAUAGAAUUAUUCACAACAAUCGUCUGAGGUUUGUGACUGUACAGUUCACCUGGAUGUUUGCACAUAACCCAGGUAAUGCUAUUUAUCUGCUUUGGACGCAGUAUACGCUGAUAAACCCAUUACUGAGAAAAGCACUCCUUUUGGGCUGUUGCAUGCAUGCUGAGUUAUUUGAUGAUCUGGCCCUUGUUUAGAUCAGUGCUGCUGCUUAAAAAAAAUAUCUGCUCUAGAGACCAGGAAAUUCAAGUAGGCUCAUGACCAUCUGCAGUUUGGUUGUUGUAAAAAUGGUUUUUGUUUCUUGCAUAAUUGACACCUAUUAAGUAUUUAAAUUACAUCCUCAACAAUAUAUUCUACGGAUGGUUCAUGGUGCUUUUAAAUCUUCAAUACUGUUCAUGUAUAUAUUGUACUCCCUCCCUCCAUCCCAGUUUGAUCAUCACAUAAGAUUUUUUUAGGUUUUCUCAAAAUGAUCAUCAUAACAAAAAAUAUUUUGUUUAUUUGUGCAAAGAGUAAAUCCGCAUCGUGAAAUGCCAUGCAACAAACAUUCUAUUGGUUCAAUGCAUAUAACGUUUAAAGUGUGAAUUAAUUUUUGUUGGACAUGAAACGACAAAGCACCUUAAUCAAUGAGGAUUAAUUUCACAAUGAUGAUCGAUGAGGAUUAAUUUCACAAUGAUGAAUGUUUUGGUGUCUUUGUCUUGGUGUUCUUUGCUUAUAAGAUGAUCAUAUUGGGAUAGUAAGAGUAUUGCUUUAAGUUUGUUGCAUAGUAGUACAACUUAAGGAAUAUUCCCAACAAGCUACUACUUUCUUGUAAGUGAAUCUCAAUAAGCUGCUACUUGGCCAUACUAUUUUCGUAUUCCCUUUGUCCCUUACUGGUAUGCUGCCCGUGGGUUAAAUCUUAAGACUAGCAAAGCUGUAAGGCUAAAUAUAAAUGUGUGUUUAGCUCCACAUGUCAGCACACACGGUCCUCCAUGUGGGAAAUGGGGAUAAUUGGUGGAAUGGCCUUUCCCGCUUUACAUAAUUUGAGUGGUUCUUCCCUUUUGUCUCCGAGUAUGCAAGUUUUCCAUGUUAGAUGUAGAGACCAGUUUAAUUCAUUGUUAGAAAAAAAAUGUAUUGAAUCGGUACCUCAAAUCUAAAGGAUUUUUUUU